UCGACUGGAAUGUUUAUCAUAUUGGAAAUAAAAAAAAUAAAAAAAUAGAUUAUUGGAGAAGAGAAAAAGAUUUGAAGAUAUGGAUAGGUGUAGUGGUUUUGCAGGAUUAGUUCCUUUUGGGGCUCUUUGGCUGCUGGGUUUUGCUUCUAUUAUGGUUCCAAGGGCUCAGGGCUGGAGUAAAGAGGGUCAUAUUAUGACAUGUCGUAUUGCCCAGGCACUGCUAGAGCCAGAGGCUGGAGAAGCAGUUGAAAAUCUAUUACCUCACUAUGUGAAAGGCGACUUGUCGGCGCUUUGCGUGUGGCCUGACCAAAUCCGCCAUUGGUACCGAUACCGAUGGACUAGCUCUCUUCACUUCAUUGACACUCCGGACAAUGCUUGUAGCUUCGAUUAUUCCAGGGACUGCCAUGAUCCACACGGUUUGGAGGACAUGUGUGUUGCUGGUGCAAUCCAGAAUUUCACCUCUCAGCUUUCGCAUUAUCGAGAGGGGACCUCCGACCGCCGAUAUAAUAUGACUGAGGCCUUGUUGUUCCUAUCUCACUUCAUGGGAGAUAUUCACCAGCCAAUGCACGUUGGAUUCACAACCGAUGAAGGGGGAAACACCGUCAACUUACGCUGGUUCAGGCACAAAUCAAAUUUGCACCAUGUAUGGGAUAGGGAGAUUUUACUGACAGCUCUAGCAGAUUAUUACAACAAGGAUUUGGACCUUCUGCUGCAAGACAUUGAAGGAAACUUUACAGAUGGAAUCUGGUCAGAUGACGUUUCAUCCUGGAGACAUUGUGAUGAUCUUGCUUCUUGCAUAAACAAAUAUGCUGUUGAGAGCAUAGACAUAGCUUGCAAAUGGGGAUAUAAAGGUGUUGAUCCUGGCGAAACUCUUGCAGAUGAUUACUUUAAUUCGAGGAUGCCAAUUCUAAUGAAACGCAUAGCUCAGGGUGGAGUACGAUUGGCCAUGAUUUUGAACAGGGUUUUGGGUGACUCCGAAGAAGGAUUUGCCACUCCAACAUAACCAACCAACGUUAAUACAUAUAAGAGAUCAUAUAUGUAUUAUAUGUAUUUUCAUCAACCAAUUCUUUGGUUAGACCACUCCUCAAUAUGCAAAAUUGUCUAGAUUCGUUUAGUACUUAUGUGAUGCCUGAUGACGGUAAUGCCCAUACUUGUAAGGAUUCAUAUGCAUUAAUUGUAACAAAAUUGUUUCCCUAAGAAAAUGUAACAAAAAUGUAUAAUUCUGAACUUUUAUCAGAAGUUUCACACAAAAUAAGGGACUUUCUCCGG